UCUUCAAGUGGAAAUAUUCAAAAAGUUGAUCUAUAAAUUAGAAAGCUCUAGAAACGCACACAAAAACAGGCAUCCGGAAGAAAAUGCUCAGCAUGGGUGUCCAGGCCGUGCUCGUCGUCCUCCUCCUCGGCAUUGCUACCACGAAGGCUGGCGAAGGCAAUGUGGAAUUCUGGAGGAACGAAGUCACACUGACCUGUCCAGGAGAAUGGGAGUGGUCUGACAAAAGUGGAAAAGUCAAUGUAACAAGUACUACCUAUACAUUCAUAUAUACCAGCAAAGGCAAAUACAAAUGUGAAGACAAGUCUGAUCAAAAUUCUAAAUACUUUUUCUAUGUUGAAGGAAAUGUGUGUGAGGACUGCUUUGAGCUCGAAGGAAACACAUUAUUUAUGGUCAUUGUCGGGGACUUACUCCUGACAAUAAUUAUGAUGGUAAUAGUCUACAGGUGCACUAACAAGAAAAGCUCAGCUGGACCUCCUCAACCUUCCAAAGCACCUCCUCGAUCUGGAGGCCGAGGUCCACCUGUCCCGUCUCCUGACUAUGAGCAAUUGAACCCUCAAACUCGGGCCCAGGACACUUACUCCACGGUGGUCAACAGGAUGGGAUAGAAGCACUUCAACUAUCGACUCCGGGUCUCUGCACGAAUGAAGGAAAACAAUCACAAAAGACACACAAGAGUAUCAGUCAUGAUCCGAGUAGCUUGCAGUGGCUUCUUCUGUUUUGAAUUUGAAGGGUCACCUUAACCAAAAGCCAACACAACAAAUUUUCUCUGUUUCCCUUUGACUUACAAGCAGGUAGAGUUCAGGCGGAAUUUGCAAUGAGAUUCAAAAGUUAAAGAUAUUUCAUUUAAAUAUUAUUUAGUAUUAUAGCAUGGUAUAUAGUAUUUAAAUACAUUUUUUGUGAAAAAAGUUAAAAUGACAGAUUUUAUCAAUGUAAAACCAUUUUCCAGUAUAUUUUGAGAAUUGCUCAGUAUAAAGGAGACAUUUGUGUCUAUCGUCAAGUGGUUGGGAAAUUGAGUUGGUGCUGAUUUUAAAUGAAUCAAUGAUGAUCUGCCUGAUUUCUAAUAAAAUGAUUAGCAUUGUGACGUGGUGAGUGCCUGAAAAGUAGCCUGCAAAAAGUGAGCAAAAAACCAAAUGUAACAUGAAACAUGUCCAACAGAAAGAAAGCGUUAGCACUGACAUUAACUUAAUGAACAUUACGAAUUUGUAUUUGUUGUCGUGAACUGUUAAUGCCAACUUAAGCCAUUAUAUAUACCCAUUUGCAAAGAUGCUACCAUGAAGCACGUAGAAUAUAUAAACUUAUCUAAAAUGACUGUUAGGGAUAUAUCAAACAACAAAAUAUUCAAACUGAUAUUGUAGACUAAAUAUCAUCUUUCAAUAUUGUGAGGCAUAAAAACAGGUGUCAGGCUAAUGAAUAAAUAAAGACGCUUUUAAGAAACCAAAUUUUUUUGCGCUUAUUGUACAGGUUAUUAGGUGUACACAGAAAUGCAGUACAGCACUGUGACUGCAAGUUUGCUUUCUUGUUGCCUGUAAUAUUCAUGUUUUGCUUUUAAAUAUACUGUUUUGCUACCGUCAUGAAGUUUUUAGUGUUAGUUAGUUGGUUAGUGGUAAGGGUGCACAGCGGCAAAUCAAUUUAUUACUGUAUUGACAUGGAAUUGGAUCACAUCAGUCUGUAGAAGUGUACCUGAUAAUGUGGAUAGCCAAAUAUAUGUGUUUAUGGGGUAUCUGAGUAUUUUGAUCUUUUAAUCUAAACAUUGGCAGAAAGUGCUGUAAUUUAGAGUGACAAAAUCAUAUCAAUUCAAAUAGAAUUACAUGUUUUGUACAUAUAUAAAUAGAGUAUAUGCAGCAUUUUAAGCUCUGACAUGUAAAGAGAGCAUCAGAUAUGUAACAUGCUGCAUGCACAGACCUUUGAGGCUUACUUCUUUGCUUCUUCUUUCAUUACAGUAUAAUGUGAUAACCUUUUUGUUACUGUAAUGGACAA